GAGGGGGAUCCAGGAUUUUCACAGGGCGAAUCUUGGUGUUUCUGAGCUUGCUUGGGCUAAAUGUUGGUGCCUUGGUUUUAUGUGGCAGCUGAAUCUUUAUGUUUUGGAGGAGGUUUUUGCUGACUUGUGAUGUUUGGGGAGUUUUUUAUCCGUAUCUUGAAGUUUGUGGGAUUUUUGGGCUAAAUCUUGGUGUUUUGGAGGUUCUUACAGACACAAGAUUCCCAAUGACUUCCUGAGAUAAACUGGAGCAAGGAGGAAUCUCCAGUCCAAGGUGCUCUCCUCUUGUUUUUUUCCCCAAAUCAGGAUUUUUCAUUCCCUAGGCGUGGCUGGAUGGAGGAGGAGGAAAAGCCCCAGAGAUGCUGCAGGAGGAGGAGCUGCAAACCCAGCCCAGGGAGCUGCGGGGAGGAAAGAGCCCCCCUGAGCCAGGAAGGCGGGCGGAGAUCCAGCCGGAGCUCGGAGCUGGUGGAGAAGCCUCAUGGCAGGGAGAAGCCCCACAAGUGCUUGGAAUGUGGGAAGGGUUUCAGCUGGAGCUCCAACCUGACCGAGCACCAGAGGAUCCACACUGGGGAACGGCCCUAUGAGUGUGGGGAGUGUGGGAAGAGGUUUCGGACCACCUCCCAUCUCCUCAGACAUGAGCGGAGUCACACAGAGGAGAAGCCCUUCCGCUGCCUCGACUGCGGGAAGGGCUUCAAGCACAACUCCAACCUCACCGUGCACCGGCGCAUCCACACCGGGGAGAUGCCCUACGAGUGUGGGGAGUGUGGGAAGAGGUUUCCGACCAGCUCCGAUCUCCUCGUACAUGAGCAGAUUCACACAGAGGAGAGGCCCUUCCGCUGCCCCGACUGCGGGAAGGGCUUCAAGCGAAACUCCCACCUCACCAGGCACCGGCGCAUCCACACCGGGGAGAUGCCCUACGAGUGUGGGAAGUGUGGGAAGGGUUUCAAAGACAGGUCUGGCCUGAUAAAGCACGAGGUGAUCCACACCGGGGAACGGCCCUACAAGUGCUUGGAAUGUGGGAAGAGCUUUGGGUGGAGCUCUGCCCUGAGAACACACCAGCGCCUCCACACAGGGGAGAGGCCCUACGAGUGUCCCCAGUGUGGGAAGAAGUUUCUGACCAGCUCCGGUGUCCUCCUGCAUGAGCGGAGUCACACAGAGGAGAGGCCCUUCCGCUGCCCCGACUGCGGGAAGGGCUUCAACCGCAACACCAACCUCACCAAGCACCGGCGCAUCCACACUGGGGAGAGGCCCUACGAGUGUGGGAAGAGCUUCUCUCAGAGCUCAAACUUGACCCAACACCAACGGAGGCACCACUAAGGGAAGCCCUGUGUCCCUGUACCAGCUGGAGUCACUGGUGAAUGUGGUGGCCACCCUGGGUGAGGUGGCAGCCACCGUGACCGGGUUACAGAGGGACGAGCAGCAGCUCAUGUCCCCAGAGUCCUGCACGCGAACCUGAGGAACUUCACCUGGAGUCUCCGUGAGACCCUGGAGCAGGGCGAUGUCACUUCCCUGGGCCACCGUGGUGUCCCCUCCCUGGGCCAGGCCCUGGCCGCGCUUGGGGCCACCCCAGGGGCCACCUGGGCCGAUGUGAGAGCUGCGGCCUGGCCUGGCAGGAGUUGGUGGUCAGGCUCGAGGACAGCUGGGCCCUGCUGGCCUGGGAUGCCACCGAGCUCCGCGACGCCUGCUGGGACGCGGCCAUCGCUGCCAUCCGGGCCGGGGACCUGCAGGACGUGGCCACCCGCAGGAGGACAGCUGGGAGCAGCCUGGGGCCACAGCCCAGCGGCUGAAGUUGGCCCUGGGCAGGGAAAAGAGGGCCUCGGCAGGGGCCACGCACAAGGCGCAGGUGGCUGCGGCCACCAGCGAGGCCGUGGGAGAGGCCGUGGUGGCCAGCAGCCAAGCCAUGGUGGCCACCAGAAGGGGACAUUGGGCACAGGCGGCCCUGGGGCCGCUGGAGCGCUUGGUGGAAGAGUGUGAAGGAGGCAGGCGGUUCCCCGAGGAGCUGCAGCGCCGGCUCGGGGACAUCGAGGCCAUCCUGGAGGGGACAAAGAAGGCGUCCCCCGAUGUCCCUGAGGCCUUGGUGGCCGAAGUGGCCAAGAUUGGGCAGCUGUGGGAUGCCAGUGCCUGCCUGGGCAAGGAUCACCUGCUGAGGACACUUGGGGACAUCCACGACCUCCUCUUGAGUCCCUGUGGUGGCUCCGGCGGCCCCGGUGGCCCCAGCAGGUGCGCACUGGCCCAGCGGUGCCAAAAAGCCAUGGAGGAUAUCCCCAGGCUGCUGCAGCGAUGGCACCGCUCUGAUGCCAUCAGGGACAGUGACAUCAUGGUGGACAGCGCUGGCGUCACCAUCCCCUCCUCGCGCGGGAUUUGAGACCAAUUUGGGGAAUUUUCUGGGAAUUUUCAUCGGCAUUGUCCCACAUGCUGAUGGGAGUUUCUGGGAUGACGUUACUAGCCGCACCUGGGGACAUUCUGAGAGCACUCAGAAGGCUUUUGCAUUCCCCUGAUGCCUUUUGCAUUUUUCUGCAUUUUCUAUUGGGUUUGGCAUUUCUCUAUUGCCUUUUGCAGGUUCCUAUUGACCCCCAGCAUUUUGCUCAGGUGCUGAUACUGAUAUUGAUUAUCGAUAAUCCCUUGCAGCUGCUCGCUGGCACAAUGAAAUCUCAGAGUUUGCAUGGA